ACUACAAAGAGAAAGACCACCAUCACAAUUUUGCCAACCACCUGCACGAACUAAAAAUCCCCCACCUGAGGAGGAGAGCACAACAAGCCUCGAAACCAAGAAGCCCGGAAACCAAUGGCGUCGACGAUAAUGGCCGCAGCCUCCUCCCGCGCCACCACCGUCGUCAGCCCCUCCCCCUUCCUCGGCCAAUCGCGUGCCGCCAACACCAUUAAAGAUGUAGUCUCUAUGGGAAAUGGCAAGUUCACCAUGGGAAAUGAGCUGUGGUACGGACCGGACCGCGUCAAGUACCUGGGUCCGUUCUCAGCUCAGACCCCGUCCUACCUAACCGGAGAAUUCCCCGGUGACUACGGAUGGGACACCGCCGGACUCUCUGCUGACCCCGAGGCAUUCGCUAGGAACCGAGCCCUCGAGGUGAUCCACGGUCGAUGGGCAAUGCUGGGCGCGCUCGGCUGCAUCACCCCUGAAGUGCUUGAGAAAUGGGUGCGCGUGGACUUCAAGGAGCCCGUGUGGUUCAAGGCCGGAGCGCAAAUCUUCUCAGAAGGUGGCCUCGACUAUCUCGGUAACCCCAACCUUGUCCAUGCUCAGAGCAUCCUUGCGGUCCUCGGGUUCCAGGUUGUUCUCAUGGGCCUUGUUGAGGGCUACCGCAUCAACGGCCUCCCCGGCGUCGGAGAAGGCAAUGACCUCUACCCUGGUGGCCAAUACUUCGACCCCCUUGGUCUCGCCGACGACCCAGCCACAUUUGCUGAGCUUAAGGUCAAGGAGAUCAAGAACGGACGGCUCGCGAUGUUCUCCAUGUUCGGGUUCUUCGUGCAGGCCAUCGUGACCGGCAAGGGUCCAUUGGAGAACCUCUUGGAUCAUCUCGAAAACCCUGUUGCGAACAAUGCAUGGGUCUAUGCUACCAAGUUUGCUCCUGGGUCUUGAUUUUCUCCUGAAGGCAUUAGCUGAUGAACUGUUUCUGAAAAUUGGAGCAGCUGUUUGUAGAGUAUAUAUGAUUGUCUAAGUUAGGGAUUGAAAGAGUUGAACGAAUCCAAUGUACCUGUAAUGGAGUGUAUUAUUAUUCAUCCUUAUCAUGUGACUCGAAAUUCUUUGGGCUCCUUUAAAAGAGCUGCUUUACUGUUGA